CUCUGAUGACCUUGACUAUUUGGAGGGUAAAAAAAUUUCAUCACAGUAGCGGCAAAACUUCGUCGGUGUAAUGUAUGCUUUUUUUCCCUCCACAGAUCCUCUGAGUAAUUCAUACUAUGAGCUGAACCGCGUCGGCGCAUUCUAAUAAUCGCCUACCACGUCAUCGGAUUUUUUAGUGCUUUUUCGCAGCUCAAUUUUGUGCACUGCUGUAGCAGAACCUUCUCCACUGGCCCCUACUGCACUUCAUCUCCACCAAAGUGGUAAUUCAGCCGAUUGCAGGGAAAUUGUAUUACCCAGACUUCAUAUUUAGGAAGUACAGCGUUUAAUGAUGUGUACGAGCAUUGCAGUGUACUCUUUAAGCUAAGGGGAUUGCAACAUCAUGAUGUCUUCUUUCUGUGCUCGGCGCAAGCUAGCCGUCAUUCUUUUAGCGCUGGGAGUGUCUAUUUACCUUUUUGCUAGCAGAGUUCGGCGUGCGACUCCGAUGUCUGAACUGAGCGUCAGCAGUUACGUGCUUGUGCAACCUCAUCUUGUGAUGAAUUCCCCAUUUCCAAACCUGGCGACCUUGUACUCUAAGGCGUCAAGCAAUAUAUUACAGCACAACUUUAUACCGAGCUUCUUUGUGACCUCCCCAGUUCUCGGAUUGCUAUUAUCAGAUGACUCUUACUACGCAAGAAUUAUGUCCCUGGUUUCCCAUGAACCUACGCGAACCGCACCUACAGCUCCUGUCUUUAAAUGCGUCUGCGGACGAAUAAGUGAUGACUGCGUUUGUUGUGGGAUCUUGUCUUCGUGCCCAUCUCCUUUGUUUGCUACACUUCCUAGUAGCGUUUGUGCUCCCCUAAUUCUCUUUCAUCCUGGUGACAACAUUGCGGCCACCUUAUGCUUAAAUGUUACUUACCUUCCUUUGAGGCAGCGGGUUCGGAGUGCAGGUUUUCUUUUACCAACUUCCACCCCUGCUUCGUCGCCAUCUUUUUCACUUAUCAAAUACAUGAAUCAAAGCUUGGUCCUCUUUGACAAACAUUACUCCCCACUUUUUUCCGCCACUGACUUCUGUGUGGAGAAUUCAAAAACUAAUCCGGAGGCUGCCAUAUGCAUCCAUUUCUUAGAUAUGAAAUAUUCAUAUGACUCUGUCUCCGAUCAUACAACCACUUUUACCGGUUGUGCAGAAAUUUCCAUCGUACUUAAAAAGCAAUUUAUUGUAUCAAAAUACCCCCGCUUCUGCUUCCGUGCUUACCGGGGUGCGAUCGGUGAUGUUGAUCGGGCAGAACAGGCUGUGGCUUCAAACGAUCAUCAAAUUAACAUAUCUUCAACAAAGGCGGAAUCGGUCAUCAAUGAUGAACCACAGAAUUCUUCAUAUUCCUCCUUCAAAACAAGCAACCUCAUGGCGUCUACUUCUGAUCCUCGGAGGCCGGUAGUAUUUAAUAUUCAUGAUGCCCAAGCUGUAAUACCUUAGCGCUGCAUCUCUCCCUUAUAACUUGAAGUAAUUUAGUUGUGCGAUACUAUUCCGUGUUUGCAUUUACCAGACUUCGGAACUCGGACCAUUGUGCGCACUAUUCACCUGUUAACUUUGCCGGCUUCGUCUUGCAUGUUGCUGGUCCAAUCAACUCCCCGAUUUCUCCAGCAUUCCUCCAUCCUUUCGAUUAUCGUUCGACCUUUCUUUUGCAUACAGCUGUAUUCGUGAUCCCUAUCUCUCGUUUAUCCAAAAUCAUUUCGGAUCUCAUUACCCACAACUGGAUAAGACUCGGCUUUGUUUUAUUUUGUUUCCUUUCGAACGAUUGCUUAAUUUUCCUCGGAGUUCGCCUAGCCAUAUAUGCCGAAUUUGGUUGCCAUUUUUGCGUGUUGACUCAUUCUUGCCUCACGUCACCUAUUUUUGUUUGAAUCUGGUUGAAUGUCUACGUUGGCUAUACUUUCGUCACUUUUAUUUACUCCCUUGCGUGUAUGGAAGACUUUCAUUGAAUCCUAUUGGUGUACAGCACGG